AUGCCUUCUUUGUCACAUCAACCGUCCAAUCCACCUUCCAUAUACACAAACAACACUAGCACUCAGAGCCCAACCAAUGCUAUUCAGUCAGCUGUUCCAUCCGUCAUGCCAUCUAUUCAGCCAUCUGUAUAUAUGCAGCCAUCUAGUUACCCUUCAGAUCAGCCAUCCAUUCUCCCAACACCACAAACUUCCAAUCGGCCUUCCCUUUUGCCUUCUCAAGCGCCAUCCGACCAAGAAUCCGACAUUCCCUCGUCACAUCCAUCGUACACUCCCACAAAAGGUACAGGCAUUCCAUCCAUGGCUCCAUCCAAUCAACCUUCUCAAACACCAACCAUACCAGCCACCACCGCCACUCCAACCUUUCUUCCCACUAUCUAUAGAGCACCCACAAAUAGUCCUACGAGAAUGCCAACGACAAUCAAUCCCACCAAUACACCCACGACAGCAGCUCCCACUCCCUGCAUUGCCAAUCGCACGAAUGUACUCGAGUACUAUCAAGUCUUUUUGGAAGCUUUCGACACAUCUGCCGUAUCGGAUGACGUGCUUAUUGAUGCCUUUCUAAACACUUAUGAUAGAAUUGCACCGGACGAAGGAUCUUGUCAAACAGCCCAUAUUCACCACAUUACAGUCGAUGUGGAUCGAACACAACAGCGAAACUUGCAACAACAGAACGACAAUGACAAUGCAGCCGAGGCCGCCAUUUCUAUUGAACGGGUGGGGUACUCGGUCUUCUCCAAACAAACGGAACCCGUACAAGGUCUACUCCCCAUGCCCACCAUGCGCAUUUCCUUUGUAGUACUCAUGAAUCAAUACUUUGCAGAUCAACAGAUUCCUCUCACGUCAUUGACCAUUCAACAAACAUCCUUUCCUAGUGCGGCGCCCUCCAUGGGGCCUUCUGUUUCGCAAGCACCGUCCCAAGAACCCUCCCGUGCUCCAAUAACAGAGCGGCCAACGACGAUCCAACCAACUUCCAAUCGACCAACGCCAAGACCGUCUCCUGAUCCCUCUGUAAUGCCGUCAUUAGAUCCAACACCAGGUCCUACUUUUUGGCCAACUUUUUGGCCGACACCUGGUCCCACACGGCAACCAACAGAGCCCCCUACACUUAGACCUUCACCUUAUCCCACUAAUUGGCCAACCCCAGGACCCACUACCCAACAACCAACAAUAAACCCAACUCCAAGUCCCACGCGGCAACCAACAGAGCCUCCUAUACCCGUCCAACUCUAG